AUGCGCGCUGUCAAAGGGACGCUGCUGACCUGCGAUCCAGCGGUCAAGCAGCUCAUCCUCGUCAUUAACGAGCAGAUGGUCUUCGUCAUCGAAGAUCUGGAUGAAACGCAUCUGCUCAUCGACCCGUCGAUGGUAGAGGCAAUGAGGAUACGGCUGGAUGACGAACUCGAGAAGAACACGUACACGCUGGAAGUGUAG